UCUCGACCUAUCAGCCGGAGCUCACGUCUCCGAAUGUGACAUGGCGCCUGAGAAGGAAGUUUGUAGUUAAAUAAAUGUUGAUGUUAUUUUUAUGACAGUAAAUCAGCAACAGGGCUGCAAUUGGAGCCACACAUAUUUCAUAGAUACUUGCAUUGAUGGUAAUGCAUGCAAGGAAACCUCAGAGGAUUUCCGAUGGGUACUUUGAAAAACACCAAGCCCAUCCCUAUCAGAAUUCGAAGUACAGCAGCUCUAAAAGCUAUGAUGGACGAUAUAACCACGAGAGAGUGCGAGAUUCACCCAACGGGAACUCAUAUCGUUCAGAUAGCCCAGAUUCACAAAGUCCAAGAGAUAGGAAUUACCAAGCAAAAAAUUCAUACUUACAGAAAAUUCGUGAGAAGGAGAGAGAAAACAGAGACUACAAAUCAAGAGACAAAUAUUCCGACUGUGCCAGGUCUCCAAAAGAUAAAAGGAGCAGGGAAAGCCGUGAUUCAGAACACAGGACUAAUCAUGACAGGAGCAGUACAGAGAAAAUUAUACUACAUCCGAUUAAACUAGCAACACAGAAUUCAACCUCACGAGAUUCAUCACAGCGCAAACUUCCUCAUAAUUCCUGUCAGGAUAAACGUGAAGAGAGAGAGAGAAUUGCACGUGUUGGUGAUUGGUCAGAGCACAUCAGCUCUUCUGGGAAGAAAUAUUAUUACAAUUGCAAGACAGAAGUUUCGCAAUGGGAAAAACCUCGUGAAUGGAUUGAACGAGAGAGGUGUCGUGAGAAGACAAGGGAGUCAGAUCGCAGCUACAGCAGUACCAGCCGAUCAUCUCAUGAUAAACAUUCCAAUUCUCGAAGCACUUCACUGAGUAACUCACGGGACAGCAGUUCCAAAAGACAGCCGGAGAAGCGUGAUUCCUACUGGGCUAGCCAGCAGCAGCAACAGCAGCAGCCACAACAGCAACAGUCACAACAGCAGCAGUUGCAGGUUCCACCAACUAUCGUGGUUGAUGGUGAUGAUCGUGCACUGCGAAAGCAACCCGUGCCUCAGAGCCAGUCUCAGCAACAGGUGCAGCAGCAGCAGCAGCAGCAACCACCUCACCAUCACCACCACCACCAUCACCACCACCAGCAUCACCAUCACCAGCAGCAGCAGCAACAGCAGUCACAGCAACAGGUUGCUCAACAAGUGCAGCAGCAAGUAACACCACCACAGCAGCAACAGCAGCAGCAGCAACAAUCACAGCAACAGCAGGCACAACAGUCACAACAACAGCCGCAGCAGCAAACGUCACAAGUGCAAGAUGGUGAUGGGCAGCAGGCUGCACAGGAUAUGGACAUAUCUCCUGGUGACAGCACACCCACAUCUGAGGCAUCCUAUGGUCAUACACCAGAUGCGGGAUCUGCCAGUGCUGCUGCAAGCUCGACACCUUCUCAUUCACAGGGUCCUGUACUGUUAGCUGCAGUCCUACCUAGGUUGUCAUCACAACCACCUGCAGUAGUACCUCCACCACAGGCCCCAACCCCAACCUGCAAUGUUCCUGGCCCACCUAGCAACCUCGUUAGUCUACCACGAAUACUGUCGCAGAUUGCAGGUGGCAAAGCUCUUGAACAGUCAGAUGUCUUGCAGCAGAAAACCUUGCAGAGCUUGCAGAAUGUGCUGCUUCUCACAAAUCAGCGUAGUGCUACAGAGCCACUGAAAGUGGACACUAGUGGCCCUGCCAGCAUGGGAGAGGGACCUCCCACUCCGACACACUCGGAGAGCCAGGACUGUGUGGAUGCUAGAAAAUUGGCGAGUCCGCCCAGUAACCUGAGCUCCUUGCAGAAUUUGGGCACAGUAGGCAGUUGCAGUUCUUUACACGCGCUGCGUCCACAAGGGACCCAUUUGACACCAAGUCUGUUGAACCAUUAUCGUGAUGACUUGGUCAAUCAUGUACGUGGCUGGCCUGCUGAUGCUUUGGAAAAGCAGGCUCAAAAAUUAAGUGAAGAAGGUUAUACAAUGGGAAGCCUGCAGUGUACACGAGUAUCGGCAGAACUGAAAACUGCAAGGUCUAUUGUUCGACUUACUGAAAUCCAAGCGACGCUGCAAGAGCAAAGGAUAUUGUUCUUGCGCCAACAAAUCGAGACUUUGGAACAAUUGAAAUCUCAGAAUUCCUUUAUGUCUGAUGAUUCGUAGUGCAGUAUGUGGAAGUGUGUGUGUGUGUGAUAUCACCGCACAAUAAGGAAGUGGUUGCUCUUGCAGGGAAACUUUCUCCAUUAUUGUUCCUGCUGGCUACAGGUGCAUUCUUGCUCUGUGUUGCUAUGUUGGAUUGGCAGAUUUUGAGUGAACCAGCAUUUAUCUUGUAUCUCAUUUAUAAAAUGGCUGUCAUGUAAUUUUCCCUUUUUUUAUUGUAGAUGGAGACUAAGUGGACUUCUUUUAUGUAAAGGUUAUAUAUUUCUUGGAUUGCAUGUAUGCUGGGAAGAUUACUGAAAUUAGCUUUCCUGUGCUGUUGAGCUGCUUCAAGUAGUACUACAUAUGCACUGAAAUUCAGAUGCUAGAUGAGUCGUAAAUUAUUUAAUACCGUUGCAACCUGUAUUAAUUUUUUUACACUGACAUUCUGUAUGUGUGGCUGCUUGCAAGCUAGGUUUGGUUGGAGGACAAAGCCCUGCAGACAACUUGAAAUGGUCAGGCGACCUAAUGAUUUAAGUUAGCUUUUUGUACAUAAAAAUAAAAUGAAAUAGUUGUAUGGACUUCUCAAGUUUCUCUUGCACUUCAUAUGUGUAUAUAGUUAUGAAAUGUGUGAGGUACGAUGACUGUGUUACAAAUUCCUGCUUAUGAAGCAAAGCAACUUGUAUAUGUUGUUAAUGUGGAAUCAUCCUCCAUGGUUACUAAAAAAAAAAAAAAUGUUGAUUCUUCUUGUCUGCAGUUCUUGAGGAGUCCAUAAUUUUUCAGUUAGUGACGUCAUAUUGUUGAUACAAUAAAGGAAAAAAUCUGAAAAAGAAAAUCGGAGAUACUUUCAAUUGCCUCUGUAAGUGUAGUAGUCUAAAAUUUCUUGUUACCAGAGUUUUCCCCAGUAUCGAAAUUUUUAUCUACUUGUCUGUACAUAAAAUUAAAUGCUCCUGGCUUUUAAAAAUGAUUUGAAUGUUAGAAUAUUUUACCUCUUGUUCUGUGCAGAGACAGUAAACGAUGGUAUGCGAAAAAGUGUACACCCAUUUCUGUAUAAAUCUUGAUCAAGGAGACUGUAAAAUAAAUAUACAAUCUUAUAUGAACAGUCUUUAAGCAUGCUGUACAGAGAUUUUAGUGUCAUUUGUUUCCAUUGGAAACAUUUUGUCAAGACUGCUGUUGCCGUUGGCACCAAGAAUUGAAAUAAUAUUGAAGUCAUUAAGCAAUCCUGGGUAUUUAAUAACACAAUUCCUAUUGUUACUAUUGUUGUCAUUAUUGUUGCUGUAUCAGUGUGGUAUCCACUUCGACAAUGUUUUCUUUCCAGAGGUGAGAAUUUAUUGUUCUACUUGAGAGUUUCAUAAAGUUUGGUUAAAUGUGAUCAUUGGUAACAGUGUACAUAUCUGAAAGGUCUUUAAAGUUGACUGUUUGUUUUGAAAGUUUUUUUUGGAUUCUGACAUAAUUAUUUGUAGUUUGUUGAUGAGCAAGAUUAUUAGCAUUUGAAUGUUUGGAAUUUUUGCUUUGUGGAGGUAGAUUUAGUUCUAGCAUUAUUUGAUGGGACAAGUAGAAAAAAUUAAACCAUUUGUGUAAUUUACACAAAUCUUUUUGCUACAGUCACUGUUGAGAAUUAGCUACAUGAUAUGUCAGAAUUCUUUUCCAAGAAUAAUUAUUUAUACUCUGUAUGCAGAUAGCAGUUUUUUAUUGACUGUUAUCAUUUGUCAAAGACUUUUUUUUCUCCUCUGCAGUAAAUAGACUGUUUUAUUGCAUUUAAUCUAAGAGUAAAUGUUAGGUACCUGGGCCACAGCCUGUGGUGUUUAGAAGGAAUAAUUUUAAUUAAACAAUCUGUUUGUUGUUCUCCAA